UUAGAUUCAGCACUGUUUCCACUGCCUCUGCAAUGACUCAUUGAAACAUCUUCUGUGCUGAUAAAGCCGCAUCUCUAUUCUCCACCACACACACACACACACACACACUCUCACACACACAGACAUAUUCAGGACGUAUAGUUGAGCUGUCUUCAGUACACAGAGACUGUGCUUCUUACUUUGGAUUUGCAGAGCAGCGGGCUGGACGUGGACUUUGUGUUUUUCUCAUGUGGUGUGAAUUCCGCCUGAAGUCGGGACUUGCGUUGAAGUCAGGCGGCGGGGACACAGGCUGAGGAAAUCUAUUGUUCUUCAGAGUGCUUUCUUCUGGAAGGAAGAGUUAAACAGCAGCCAUCAUUAUCUACGCAGGGUCUCAAGAUGGGGAGCUCUGAGAAAGCUGCUUUGAUUGACUGGGGCUCCUGUAUUCAGCUUGCACCCUGAGGAGAAGCAGGCAGCUUCUGGAUAGGGUGCCAAGGACCCGAAGGUGGAGCAGAACCACAACCUGCCAAGCUCAGGCUCAACACAACAGGAGCAUGUCAGCACCUGGAAGUGUUCCAUGGAUGUGUUACUGCAUGGCUAAGGCCAGCAUUCUACUGUGGAUGGGGCUGGUGUUCAUCUGUGCAGCCGUUGUUCAGGCCCAGCAGCACCCUGUAGUCACCACCAAUUAUGGGAAGUUGCGGGGAGUUAAGGUUACAUUACCCAAUGAGAUACUGGGACCAGUGGAGCAGUACUUGGGGAUUCCUUAUGCAAUGUCCCCAACGGGGGAGCGGAGGUUCCAACCGCCAGAGCCUCCCAUGUCCUGGCCCGGUAUCAGGAAUGCUACUCAGUUUCCUCCAGUUUGUCCUCAGUUCUUAGAGGACCGUUUUUUACUCAACGAUAUGCUCCCUGUGUGGUUCACUGCCAACUUGGAUACAGUAGUUACCUACGUGCAGGAGCAGAGCGAGGACUGUCUUUAUCUGAACAUCUAUGUCCCCACAGAGGACGAUAUCCACGAUGAGAAUGGGUUAAAGCCAGUCAUGGUUUACAUCCAUGGAGGAUCCUACAUGGAGGGAACUGGCAACAUGAUUGAUGGCAGCAUCUUGGCCAGCUAUGGAAACGUCAUUGUCAUCACAAUCAACUACCGGCUCGGAGUUCUCGGGUUUCUAAGCACGGGAGACCAGGCAGCCAAGGGCAACUACGGACUGCUGGAUCAAAUUCAGGCUCUCAGGUGGAUCAAAGAAAACAUCCAGGCCUUCAAAGGAGACCCAAAGAGAGUGACCAUUUUUGGCUCUGGUGCUGGAGCAUCCUGCGUCAGCCUGCUGACCCUCUCACAUUACUCAGAGGAUCUCUUCCAGAAAGCUAUCAUCCAGAGUGGCACUGCACUGUCCAGCUGGGCAGUCAACUACCAGCCCGCCAAAUAUACAAGAGCCCUUGCUGAGAAGGUGGGCUGCAACAUGUUGGACACCAUCGACCUGGUGGAGUGCCUGCAGAAGAAGAACUACAAGGAGCUAAUUGAACAGUACAUCACACCUGCUAAGUACCACAUUGCCUUUGGUCCAGUGAUUGAUGGUGAUGUAAUCCCUGAUGACCCCCAGAUUCUCAUGGAGCAAGGAGAGUUCCUGAACUAUGACAUUAUGCUGGGGGUCAAUCAGGGUGAGGGGUUUAAAUUCGUUGAUGGCAUUGUGGACAGCGAGGAUGGUGUGUCUGCCAAUGAUUUUGACUUUGCUGUGUCUGACUUUGUGGAUCAUCUCUAUGGCUACCCAGAGGGCAAAGACACUCUUCGUGAGACUAUCAAAUUUAUGUAUACUGACUGGGCUGACAAGGAGAACCCAGAAACACGCCGCAAAACCCUGGUGGCUUUGUUCACUGACCACCAGUGGGUGGCACCAGCUGUGGCUACAGCUGACCUCCACGCUCAGUAUGGGUCACCCACCUAUUUCUAUGCUUUCUAUCACCACUGUCAGAGUGACAUGAAGCCCAGCUGGGCUGACUCGGCUCAUGGAGAUGAAGUCCCAUACGUAUUUGGAAUUCCUAUGAUUGGCCCGACGGAUCUCUUCAACUGCAACUUCUCCAAGAAUGACGUGAUGUUAAGUGCUGUUGUCAUGACCUACUGGACUAACUUUGCCAAAACAGGAGAUCCAAACCAACCAGUUCCACAGGAUACAAAAUUCAUCCACACAAAGCCGAACCGCUUUGAGGAGGUAGCCUGGACCAAGUACAACCCCAAAGACCAGCUCUACCUUCACAUAGGCCUCAAACCUCGAGUUCGAGACCACUACCGAGCUACCAAGGUCGCGUUCUGGUUGGAACUAGUUCCACAUCUUCACAACAUAAAUGAGUUUUUUCAAUAUGUAUCCACUACCACUAAGAUACCGCCGCAGGACACUACUCCCUAUCCUUACACCAAACGAUUCCCAGGUAAAAACAACUGGCCAUCCACCACACGCCACCCAGGAGUUCCUCCAACCAACACCAAACAGACAACCGACCAGCGCAAGAGUGGGGACCUAACUGAUGAGUCAACUGUAGUGAUUGAGACCAAACGGGACUACUCCACUGAGCUCAGCGUCACCAUCGCUGUGGGAGCGUCACUGCUUUUUUUGAACAUCCUCGCCUUUGCUGCACUCUACUACAAGAAAGACAAACGGCGGCACGAGUCCAACCAACGUGUCCCCACCCCACAGCGCAACUCUGCUCCAACCAGUACUCCGUCUACCGCCAAUGAUGUGGCCCAUCUGCAGAGUGAGGAACUGAUGUCUCUACAGAUGAAGCAGCAACAGCUGGAGCACGAGCACCACCACGAGUGUGACUCGCUUCAGGCCCACGACACGCUGCGGCUCACUUGCCCGCCAGACUACACACUGACUCUCCGCAGGUCACCCGACGAUAUACCCCUGAUGACUCCCAGCACCAUCACCAUGAUCCCCAACUCGCUGGCUGGCAUGCAGCCUCUGCACAAUUUCAACACUUUUGGUGGCAGCCAGAACAGUACCAACCUGCCCCACGGCCACUCCACCACGCGGGUAUAGCUCAGCUGGGAUGGGACUGUGCCAGGUUCCCUCUGCAACUACCCGCAUAAGGCAAAUAUAAGCGACUGACUCAAAGUCUCAGCAGAUGUUAUUUUGCUACCAUGCCUUCUUGAAAAGUAUAUACGAUAUAAAGUGAUCAUGAACUCAUGAAACUAUUCAAAAUGAAUGUUAUUACAUUAAUAACUCUUUUUGGAGCAAACUGUCAUGGAAGAUUUUCAAGAAGUUUUACCAAAAGAAAGUGCAACCAGUGGAUGACUGUUAUAUAUGCUCACAACACAAAAAGAGCAGUUUCUGUGUUGAUAAAUACGCCUUUGCAAAGGCUUUUGUGCCAUAAAUACACAACAGGAAGACAAAGACAGCAGCUGGUGAAAAGCAACAAUGGAACUCCAUCUUUUCAUGAUCCUCCAUGUUUCAGACACUUGACUUGGGCACAUAAUUUGACACCCCAGCCUGAAAUGUAUUUAUGAAAACUUUGUACAAAAGGAAAAAAAAGGUAUAUAGUUAUGCGUGGAAAUACAAAAAGUUUUAAAAAAGAAAAAUGAUAUUAAAAUUGCUCCUCGAACUAUUGUUUUUUAUUUUGGCUGAGAUCUUUUAGGGUUUUUCUUUUUUUUUUUGUUUGUUUUUUUUUUAGCUUGUGCUUUCUGUUGAGGUGUGUGUAAAUAUAUCUGAACAUUCGUCAUUCUUUCUCCAGUUACAACCUGCGUUUCAUUAGUUUUCACACAAUGACCAAAUUGCGAACACAAUCCCAUGCUUGGAGAGUAGCACACUGUGGGUUUGCAGGUCACCACAUACAGUACCGUCUUGUGCUUUGCUUUGUGUCCACUCUUUAGACAUUGCAUGUCCAGGAAGAGCUUUACUCUGCAUUUUCAGACAUCUGCUGUCUGAGAAUAUGGACCGACUCAGUCCCAUCACCUGCUGCCAUCCUGUUAUGCUCCCAGCAGUUUUCUUUGUGGGCUUUUUCUGUCUUGCAAUCUCAGCACUGCCUGAGCUUACAAUGUGACCAGCAAUGUAUUAUUUAGAAAUAAAAAGGCAGUGAUUUUUUGUAUUAAUAUUAGUUGGAUAUGUUUGUAAAGAAAUAUAUGUUAGAUAUUUCAAAUUGUCAUAUGCUAGCAAUAUGUAAAGUAUUGUGCCAGGCUUGUGAUAUUUUGGGUUACAAAAACAAGUGAAUGAGUGUAAAUAUUAAUGAUACUAAUUAUUAUAAAAUUACAACACAAGUAGUCAUAACUCUCUUUCCAUUUUGCAUCCUAUUAUGAAAAAAAGAGGAAGUACAUCCAGAAGAAUUUAAGCUACAUUUGUAAGUUCUAUAAAAUAUAUAUUCUUGCCAUUUGGUCCAUGAACCAGUCGAGAUAACAAGGGUUUUAAUGUAGAGUUUAAAAAUCCUUAUUUAGUCUUAUAUUUAUUUGAGGUUUUGCCUUAGGUAAUAAUCGACAUAUUUCUGGCUGGACACCUGUAUAAACUUUUUCUGCAACAUUUUUAAUAAAAUAUCACAGUAUUUUCUAAAAAUAAAUGAAUAAAUAAAAAUUU